GAGAGGGUACCGGCACGGCAGCAACUGCUGCUGCCGGCAGCACCCGACGAAAGAUUCGGCUACAUUUCUCAGGUCUGGGGCCUACAGUUGAUGCUGCAUACACACAACUACCUCUUCUACCUCGAUUUGGACGUUCUGGACGAGGACAAUGUGGCUGAGGUGGUGGAGGUGGCUGGAGUCACCGGCGAGGAGGAGGAGCCUCCUACAGAGGAGGAGGAUGGCGGCGGCGGCCGAGGAAGGGGAUUUGCUUCUGGCUUCGGUAUUUCAAUGAACCGGCGCAGACUGCAAUACGAGCUGGAUGACGAGAUGGAGGAGGGCAGCGGCGGCGGCGGUAGACCAGUUGAAAGCGCGAAGACUUCGCGACUGCGACGACAUCGGAUCUGCAAGGGCAAAACCAUUAACAAGCCCUGCUUAGAGGUCAUCAAUACGGCGUCCCUACCCUCGAUGUUUAGCGAGGAGACGACUCGCUCCUACGCAUGGGUCAGGUAA